GGAGGGGUUUCGGGUGCUCUAAAAGGAGAAGAAAGGUGGAGAGGAAAGAAAACAGAGACCAAGACCAUUACAGAGGAAGAAAGCAAACUGAGACAGAGAGAGAGGUAAAAGGGGGGCACUGGUCAUAAGGAAAGGGGCAGAAAAUGAAGCCAGAGAGUCUGGGAAGAGCAAAGGAGAAACCACAGAUACAAGGGCCAGGUAUAAUAUUGAGGGCAGGUACAAACAGGCUGGAAGGAAAGCCCCACUCUGAUUUCCAGGUACUAUCUACACUAUCCCUGCUGGCUGGACCUGUUGUCCUACAUCGCUCCUGAAGACUUGCCCACCCUCUGUCUGUGGUAGGGCCAUGGGGACAAGGAGCCACUACCUGGACCUGGGGUUUCUGCUGCUGCUGUUUCUCCCUGCAGAGUGCCUGGGAGCUGAGGGGAGACUGGCUCACAAGCUGUUUCGUGACCUGUUUGCCAACUAUACAAGUGCUCUGAGACCAGUGGCAGAUACAGACCAGACUCUAAAUGUGACCCUGGAGGUGACAUUGUCUCAGAUCAUUGAUAUGGAUGAACGGAACCAGGUGCUGACCUUGUACCUGUGGAUCCGGCAAGAGUGGACAGAUGCCUACCUACACUGGGACCCCAAAGCCUAUGGUGACCUGGACGCAAUCCGAAUUCCCAGCAGUCUAGUGUGGCGACCAGACAUCGUACUUUACAACAAGGCGGACACGCAGCCACCUGCCUCAGCCAGCACCAAUGUGGUUGUGCGGCACGACGGCGCUGUGCGCUGGGACGCACCGGCCAUCACACGCAGCUCGUGCCGUGUGGACGUAUCUGCCUUCCCUUUUGACGCGCAGCGCUGCGGCCUGACCUUCGGUUCAUGGACGCACGGUGGGCACCAGCUGGAUGUGCGACCUCGGGGCACUUCCGCCAGUCUGGCCGACUUCGUGGAGAACGUUGAAUGGCGGGUGCUGGGCAUGCCAGCACGCAGGCGGGUCCUCACCUAUGGCUGCUGCUCUGAGCCCUACCCAGAUGUGACCUUUACUCUGUUGCUGCGCCGCCGCGCUGCAGCCUACGUGUGCAACCUCCUGCUGCCCUGUGUGUUCAUCUCCCUGCUGGCGCCUCUGGCCUUCCACCUGCCUGCUGACUCUGGGGAGAAGGUGUCUCUGGGUGUCACCGUGCUCUUGGCGCUCACCGUCUUCCAGCUGAUCCUGGCCGAGAGCAUGCCACCUGCAGAGAGCGUGCCACUCAUUGGAAAGUACUAUAUGGCCACUAUGACCAUGGUCACAUUCUCCACCGCACUUACCAUCCUCAUCAUGAACCUGCACUACUGUGGCCCUAAUGCACGUCCAGUGCCCGCCUGGGCUCGGGUUCUCCUGCUGGGACACCUAGCCAGAGGCCUGUGUGUGCGGGAACGAGGGGAACCCUGUGGGCAGUCCAAGUCACUAGAGUCAGCCCCCAGCCUCCAGCCUCCACCAGCUUCCCCAGCGGGCCCUUGUCAUGAGCCACGGUGUCUAUGCCACCAGGAAGCCCUUCUACAUCAUAUAGCUUCCAUUGCUAGUACCUUCCGCAGCCACCGGGCUGCCCAGCGCCGCCACGAAGAUUGGAAGCGUCUGGCUAGAGUAAUGGACCGCUUUUUCCUAGGCAUCUUCUUCUGCAUGGCUCUGGUCAUGAGCCUCAUCGUACUGGUGCAAGCCCUGUAAGGGCCAGGAACUGGAUUUCAGGGAGCUACGGUCACAUCAACAC